AUGACAAUUCUCAAUGUCUUUCCUCUCAUCUGUCUGGUGCUCCUUCCCGCCGUCAUGGCUCAAAACAUGUUUGAGCCAAAGGAUGAUUUUGAGCUGAAGAAACCGCUUGUAGUCCCGGCCGCCGAGGCAAAUUACCACUUCACAAUGAUUGAGGUCGACACUUUGGCUCAGUCAAAGGAGCGUCUUUACGGAUUGAUUGGAGUCGUCCUUCUCGACGGGGUGUUCACGUUUUCCGGAAUCGAGGAGAACUACCUUCUGAAGCUUCCGAUGAACCCGAAACGGUGUAUUCCGUUCAAGGGCAUCAAUGUUGUGCACAAGUGUAAUCACGAGUACUUUGCGUUGAAUGCUGAUUUUGUGAACAUUCAAAAAACCAUCUUCCACAAACAGGACUCGCUGGACACUGUUUGCAUCAACAGACAGGAGAAAGAGAAAUUGGUUCGCAAAUUCAACCCAGCAAAUGAUGUGGGCCUGAAAAAGAAGGAGAGCACUAAUCUCGUCGUUCGCUACGGACAACGUGUUCUGAUGGCCUACAAACCGGGUGCAAACUAUAACAAAUGUAUUGGAACAUACGAUUCUGAAGAUGACUAUUUCACAUGUAUGAUGCCGAAUAAAGAGGGAAAACUGGAGGGAUUCGAGAUGACCAGUUUCUUGUAUGAUGAGGAAACUGGUGAACCGCAUCGAGCUGAGAACACUGUGGAGGUCUUCUGCAAGCUACCAUAUAAUUACAACAAAGGAUAA